GCCGUCAGUCCGACCAGUCGUGUAUAAUAUUGUCAUAAUAUCGUACUUACACCACGUAUAUUAUCUAACCAGUAACCCCGUGACUAGAAAGUAUUAAGAAAACCAUAACAAUAAUAUUAUUAUUAACAUUGCCUACGUCAUAUUUAUAUAAAAGAAAAAUACCGAUUUACGAGCGCACGCCGCCGUAAAAAAAGCGCUGUUGUUCGUUGUGUCGUACACUCGGAACAUGUGCUAGCACUCUUUCCAUUUUGUGAUUUACGCGAAAAUGACAUCAACAAAUUGUUUUCCAAACAUGGUUCAAGCUAUCACGGUCCUCACUGUUUUAAAAAUGCUAACAAAUGGUGAGUACCCAUCUACUUAUAAUAUCGAUAUUAUCAUUAUUUCGGUCGUAAGUGCAUGCUUAUAUACGGUUAGAUUUUAUUAUAUGAUGUGAAAUCAAACCCGUAUGGAAUAAAAACAACCCUCGCGCGUCGAAAAUUUCCAUACAGGUGGAAGAUUGCGCGAUUAUGGGUGCGUAUGGACGAGACCAGAGGUGAUGGUAAAAAAGAACAUAAUGUUAUCCGUGUUUGUACGUUAGUUGUUUCUAGGUAUUUUAAUUUUCAAGUGAGACUAACUAGUACCAAAUAUCAUAAUUUAUUUAAAAAACGUUCGUAUUUCGUAAUUUAAAUUAUAAUAGGUAUUUAAUAACCCAACGACGUACAAACACGAUUAAGUAAUGUUCUACCUUUAAGUUUUUAAUAACAGAGAUCAAUAAUAUUAAAAAACUAACAGUGAACAAUUUCGGACCCACUGAACUGAAAUUUGCUUAAAUUGUUUAGAUUCUGAGUGAAUCGAAGAAGUUUACGGUUUUAUAAAGAUGUUUAUUUUUUUUCUGUGCACCAAUUUUCUAUCAGAUAUCUUGCUCUGAUUUUUAAGUGUAGCGGUUUUUCUUAAAAGAAAUAGGACUGCAGAGAUACUGUAAAAAGGUCAUUUUUCGAUUUUAUUAGGAAUUUUCUCAACAAAUGGGAAAAACUAGGAAAGCACGAAGGAAAAAUGAGAAAAUGUCCGAAAUUAAUAGGAUAGAUAUUAGUCAACAAAUAUGAUGGUCUUUUUUAAUCCUGUGAACAAAUUUUUUACCAGUAAUUUCGCUCCGAUUUACAAUGAUAGCAUUUUUUAUAAAAGUAAAUCUAACUGGGGAGGUCAUUUUUUGAUUUUUCAGGAAUUUUCCGAAUAAAUGGGAAAAACAGAAAAAUAGAUAAAAUUAUAUUAAACAAAUAUUAUUAUGUAGUUAUUUUACCAUGAUAUGACAUAUAUAUCUAGUUGAUAAAGUAAUACUAUCAACCGAAUUUUGCUCAGAAUCGUUUUUUAAUUAGCAAUGGUUAAUCGUUGCUUACAGAUAUACAUUAAAUUACUUAUGACAGUGGCUAUAUCCGUCCCGAUUAUCCUACGACAGCUUUUUAAAUAUUAAAGUCAUUAAAAACAGAUGAAUUAGUUUUUAUUCCUAAACGAUGUAUUCAACGUUAUAUAUAAAAUAACAAGUAGAAUAAUACGAAAAAUGUAAGACUCUACCGGAAUAUUGUCCAUUUUUAAUUUUAUAACAGGUGGUUGAUUUUACUCUAAAACCAAAACUAAACGAGUUCUACGCAGUUUGCGGAAGGAAGAUUUUGCUCAAUUGCCCCAUAGUUAGAUUGAGACAGCACAUGCGGGUAUGAAGUUCUCUUAAUUAUUGAUGCUGUAAUUUAUUAAUAUUCGAUUUGAUAUUUUUGACAAUAUUUAAAUAUCUGUUUUUUUGACAUAAUAUUAUCAUGUAUUGCGGCCGGGAUACCGCGGUCAGUUUCGAGAGACAGUUCGUAUAAUAUAGUCGAACAAAUAAUUAUUAUUAUAGUCCUUCCGGUCAGCGUGUAGCGGUUACAGGUACACAUGCAGGUAUACAGCGGUCACAGUGGACGCGUACGCGAUAAUAUGCGAAUAACUCAGGGUCCAAUGGUCCUGUAAUUAAAUCGCCAAGCGGUCCGUGGAAUUCGGAUAGAACAACGGCGGGGACAAACAAAAAACGCACGACUAUAAUACAUUUUAUUAUAAUAAUAUGAGUACGCCACCGGCCUAUAAUCACACGAUAAUUUCUAUAGUUUUUCAUUAUUUUGUAUUUAGGCGCACUAUAUAAUUUGAACGACUACUAUUCGACGCGUCGGUCGGGCGAAAGUUUUACGGGAUAACGCGCGUGAAAUCAUUUUUUUUUUUUUUUUAUAAUAAUUAUUGUUACGAGUACGACAAUUAUAUGCCGGGCCGUCCGUAACCGAUUUAUAUUAUAUAGUGGACGACCGAUAAAAGAUUUAAAACGAAAUACUUCAGCAACAUAAUAUACUGACUCUGAUUGAAUCGGGGGGGGGGAAGUAUGAAAAAUAGCGGCGUUUUAAAAACAAAUAUUUAGAGGCUGUUUUUAAUUUUAACCAUUUAUUAUAAAAUUUUAACCCCCCCCCCCUUCCCACAAAAAACUAGUAGUCAAAUCUCUUUUUUUAAAAUUAUAUGAAAAGACAAGAAAAAAAUAUUAACAAACUUUAGGUAGCUGUGUAUCUUGGGUCAUUUUUUGGGACGGGAAAUAUUUUUAUUAUUCAAAACUAUUUGAAAACAAACGAAGAGUAGGUAUAUUCGAGUCUGGCGUUGAAAAAAUGUAACAAUUAUUAUUUUUUGUUUAAGAAAAUGUAAGUUUUAUUGUAUUGGUGAAAAUUUCGAGAAUAGGCAAAAAAAGUACAUUUUCAUACCCUCUUAUUUUCCAAAAAUAAAAAAAAUAAGUAAUUUCAAUCUAAGUCUGUUCGUACAUUAUUUGACCGUUUGUGGGGUUUACACAUUCGCAUGGCGGUCCUAUAGACACGACUAAUCAUAGUAGAAUAUUGUACAGAGUAAAGUGUUGAUUUUUAUUUUGAUUUGUUUCGCGUCAACGAUGAACUUUUUCGUCCGUGGUUCUUUUCGUUUGAUCUAUGAUAUAUUUUGUACUACUGUGUAGGUAUUGAUAGCAAAGGCGACGUGUCGCGAUAUAUUACAAUAUAGUGUCGAGUGAUGUCUAAUGUAAUUUUAUCGAGCGAGUAAUCUUUAUUCCAACAUGUGUUGACACGGAUAUAUCAAUCAUUGUAUAGUUUUGAUAAAUCGUUAUCAUGUUCAUCCUGGUCUGAUUAUUAUUAUAGGUAGUUAAUGCAACAAUGUACUAAUAACAAGCGUCCGGAACUUGAUGCAUUUGUAUUUUUCUUUCAAGAAUAUUUCUUUCUUUCUUCUUUUAAUUUAAUAUUAUUAUAAAUUGUACAGAUUGAUGAUCAAUCCUUUAUAAAAUACUCUUUAUAUUUUCAGAAAGUAUAUACUUUAUUCUUAUUUAUAAUUUUUUUUUUUUUUAGACAAUUUAUUAGGUACGUAGCUUUAAAAUAUAAAAUUUCCGUUUUUUUCGACCCACUUCAAACAGCAAACAUUUAUUAAAAAUUCCAUCAAUCAAUUACGUUUUAGUUUAAUUACAUUUUGAUGUUGGCAUCAACGUUUCCUUCUUUCCGUUGACGAGGUAUCUAAUUUUUAUGUUUUGACAGAGAGAGAGUAGUGGAGCAUUAUUCAAAUGAUAUGCCCCGUGCCGACACACAAAUUAUGUUCCACUUAUCUUCCACUUAUCUGAAUUUAAAAGUGGAAUAUCUCGUCAACAGAUAGACGGGAAAUAAUACCUACCAAAACUUAUUUGAACUAAAACAUAAUCGAUUAAUGGAAUUUUUAUUACAGUUUAUUACUUGAACAUCAAAAGUAGGAUAGUUGUUUGACAACUAAAAAUAAGGGUGACAAAAAUAAAGGUAACGUAAUACUUAGAAUUAAUUACUUUUUUAAAUUAUUCAAACAAAUUAAAUUUUCCAAAAUAAGUUAAUAUCUGAAAUAACGAGUGAUCUGUCGAAAAUUGGCCACACUGUACACGUUAUACAUAUGCAUUAUUUAUUAUAUGUUUGUCUCUUCAGAAAUUUUAAUAAAAAGACAAUAAUGUGAACAAUGCGAAUAAGAAAUAAUAUUAUGUAUGUAUGUAAUACUAAAAAAGACAUUCAUUUUUAGCUAAUUUUCGUUGAGUACCUACAUUUUGAUUACAUAUGUAUUUAGGUUAAAAUUAAACAUAUUAGGUUGCACGCCAUUGCAUUGAAUUCGUUGUUUGUAUUUUUUUUUUUUUUGAUCACGACUAUCAAUGGGAGUAUUCAGCAAAAUAAUUUUUUGAUAUAGUUUUUGCUUUACUUUGGGGGGGGGGGAAUAUUUUAAAAUUCGUCGUUAUAUUUCUUAAUAAUGGAGACAAAAUCGAAAAAAAAUCAUCGGUAUUUUUUAGAUUCUGAGUGGCACGAGGAACGUAUUAGUUUUACAUUGAUGUUUAUAAUAAAUAUUUUUUUUUUACUAGCGAACAACUUUUCUACCACAAAUAUUGUUCUGAUUUUCAAGUGUAGCACUUUUUCUAAAAAAAAAUUGGAUUGGGGUGGUACUCUAAGGAUUUCAUUUUAUGAUUUUCCUAGAGUUUUCAUAAUAAAUGGGAAAAAAACGUAGGGAAAAUGGGAAAAUUUACAAAAUAUAUUAUUUCAAAUCGUAAAUAUUACAGCUAUUUAAAAUUGUAUAUCUGAACUCCACGUAGAAUCGUUUUAAUCAUUGCGUACAGAUAUACAUUCAAUUUUCUCUUUACCUUCCCAACUUCUCACCUACAACAGUUUCUUACCUAUAGUGCGAAGUGUGUUCUUUUAUUAUUUUUUUUUUUUGUUAUUCAGUAAGAAAUAAUAGUAGUCUAUAAACCUUCCGAAAUAUUUUCUUUUUAUUCCGAGUUAUAAUUAUUUAAAAUUUUCGAUUCGUGUGAAUAUAUUAUAGUGUUAAAUAAUAAUAUUGUUUUUUUGAACACCGCUUGUCGUAUACAAAUGUUGAUGAUAGUUGGUUAUGGAAACCUAAGAGUAUACAAUUUUCAAUUAAAAUAUUUUCAUUUUAUCUGUAUACUGGGCCAUAUCUAAUAGUCCCGUCGCUGUCAUCACUAUAUUAUGUUAUCAUUCCAUCGGUUUUGAGUCAUUUUUCAAAACGUCCUUUCAUUUUGAUCAAUUAAAAUAUUUAGCAAACAAAAGUGUUUAACCGAUUCUACUAAUUUCGCAUAGAGACAAAAAAACAAUACAAAUGGAAUUCGUCAUACGUUGUGGCGGUGACGGUGCACUGCAAUUAUUAUUACCUAUAAUGACUAUACCUAGGUACAUGUCACUACUGCAGUGUAAACUAUUUACAUUUCGGGUUGUAGAUCGGAUCGCAUCACGCGUACAAAUCGGUCCAGACUUGCGUUCCACGGCCGUGUCAUUGAGAACGUAUGGAGAGAUCGUUCGUCGCGAUAACACCCCGCGCGGUUCGUUGCACUCUUUUGUCGGGCGUACACUGUGCGGGAACGCCACGGGUUUUCGCAUGAGCGAUUCGUAAUGGCGAAAAAAAAACACAAAAAACCGAGUGUUUUAAAGGAUCAGAUAAUAAUAUUAUCCUCGUAUAGGACUACGCAAUAAUUGUAUGCGUCGUAUAAUAUAAUAUCAGAGAUAAUAAUAUAAUUAUUGUAUUACGAUAUAUUGGACGAUAUACUCGUAUAUACAGGCGAGGGAUAGAGGAAUAACUGGUUUUGUUUUUUUCUUUUUUCUUUUUAACGACAGUCAGUGGUGAAAUUAUUAUGCACCGACAGUUCGUUGAACCCGAAAUAAUUAUUACGAGUAUAUUAAAUCAUAUAAUAUAAAAAUUAUAUAUUAGUUGGAAUAUCGCUUAUUUUUUUUUAUUAUCGGACCGAAUAUAAAUACAGAUAAUCAGAAAAAAAACCAUAUUUUCGUCCGUUUCAAUUCGGAACGCCCGCGUUAAAAAUACCUAAUCACAAACAAUAGUUUACCGUUUUUUUCUUUCUUCUUUUGUCAUGUUUUAUACAUAUAAUAUUAUAAUAUAGUGUGUAUAACUGGAAAACCGUAAUACACGACUGUGUCGAACGCCAAAUAAAUAUAUGUUUAAUUUCUUUCACGGGUUUCAUUAUAAUAUUGUAUGUCACUUGCAAGUUGUACGGUCGUGGAAAGGAAAAAUUCCGAUCCUAUAAUAAUUGUUAUGCUACACAGUUUCGGAGGUUGAAUAAUGAUGUUAGGCUGAGUCGAGUGUCAAGCUGACGCAGUUUUUAUAAGGCACAAAUAUUAGGCAGUGUUUAAUCAAAUAAUUUCGUUCGAAAUUUUGAAUUUAAACAUUUUUUUUUUUUUCAAGUUGUUUUCGGAAGAUAUCGAUUAGAGAAUAUUGAGAAACGUGAUUUCUUUAGAUAGUUUAUAUCAUUUACUCGUUCGAUCGGUUUUAACAACGAUUUUGGUUUCGAAAUACGAUCGUUCUAAUAGUGCGAAACGACGGCAAAAAAUUCGAAACAAUAUUAUCGACACCCUUUGAACCGAACCCGUCUGUUCUUCGGCCAACAAUAGUGACCAUUCGAUUUUUAAUCACCAAAAGCGACGUCAUAAUCUCAAAAUUCGUAUCUAUUUUAUUUUAUUUUUUUUUUUUUUUGGUACCUAAAUUGCCCGUCGCAAAAUUUAAUCAUCCGUAACCGGAUUAACACACGUGGUUAGGUACGGUGGAAUUUUGUACACAAUAACGGACUUUAGGUAUUGUGCUUUUUGACCAACGCUAAUGGCUAACCUGGCAAACUGUGUCAAAUGUAUACGAUCGUACGUUGACCGGGCCGUCUGCAGGAAAUCACGGUGAGUUUUCCUUGUUUCCGGUCCCGAUCCCGCUGGGUUUACCAACCUCUGUGUGUUCGAAUAUACAAACAUAUACACACACAUACGUACACAUCCCACUCGUCUAUCUAUUCGGGCGGACCCAUUAAAAAAUUGUGUAGACAAAGAAAAACCGAGUCUAAGAUUACGGUCAUAUACUGAACAUAUUAUGUUAAACAAUUGGAUGGUCAUAUAUUCAAAUAUCAUAUUUAGUGUAAAAUGUUUUGAAAUCAACAAUACGGCCGCAUUUUAUUAUCAAAGAGGUUCGUGUUAACAUUUGAUUUGUUGAUUACAGAUUGAUUUAUUAUUGUUUUAUAAUAAUUAUCCAGAUCACAGAUAUCUACGCGGUUCAAAUGUAAAUACUGUACGGAUCUCUUUGAUAAGAAGAUUUAACUAUUUUCUCGACGUUAUAUACAUAUGUAUCUGUGAUUUACGCGGCUUGUCCGAUAAUAUUAUAAGACAUAGACCACAAUAUCGAAUGUCACAGUCGCCGGCACAGGUUGUCUUGAAGGUAUCACUUUUGCCUAUCCGACACGCCGCCUUACUAUUGGCGAGAUUUAUAUUGUUACCGUCACCCAUACCGUGUUAAAAAAAACCAAUGUGUCAAGCCAACGUCAUCACUGGUCUCUCUUAUUAGUUGAUAUUAAUAUUAUUUAUUUAACUUGUUUAAGAAUGUUUCCCAACACGAGGAAAUUAAAAUUAUCUAUUUUUAAUUUGCAGUUCAUCGUAUAGUUUUAGACGUCUAAUUAAAUCGUCCAGUAUAAUAUAAUAUUUAGCGAAGACAAAUAAUUUUCAACAAUAGCUAACUUUAAUAAUAUUAUUGUACUGUUUAAACGCUAACUCAUUAAUUAUAAUACAUACAAAAUGAUCGCCAGAGGAAAAUAUUUAAUUAGCUCUCUGUCAUCAUUUCUAAAAAAUAAUAAUAAAUAGUUUUACUGACGUUUUUUUUUCGUUUUAGUUAAGUUUUCACAUAUAAUAAUAACAUUAAUAUAUUAUUAAGCAUUGUAUAAUCAUUUAAAAUUGAAAUGACCUAAAAUUUGAUAUAAUUAAAAAAAAAAAAAAUGUAACCAUCAUAACAUUACGGUGUACAUUUUUUGCAUUUUCCAAAAGGUAUUUGUAUUAUUUUACAGUUUCGAUAUAAUACGAGUACAUGAAUCAUGAUCAAGCAAAUUAAUACACCGAUAUAGUUAAAUUAUAGUAAAUUGUACUUGACACAAAUUAACUAACCCCCACUUUUUUUUAAUACCCACACCAUAUCUAAAAUGUAUGAUUUGCAUUAAUCUGACUGUAUUGGAAUUUCACCUAGUGGAAGGGUGUAGAACGCAUUGAUUUGUUCGAUCACACAUCGAAUCAUAACUAGUUCUUCCCGAGCUUCGACGAAGGAAACAUUAUCUUUGUUUUUUUACAUUCCGUCAAAUGGAUCAUCGAUGAUACAGUUCAAUAUAGUUUAAAUAUUUUAUUAAUUUAAUUAAAACUACCGCGUGGUUACAAUCGUUUGUGUUUAACGUUAUAGAGUAUUCUAUUGUGUUUAAAUUUCAUUUCGUAACCAUGAUUAUUAAGAUUAAAAAGAAUUUUAUUGUCUCGUGUUUAGUGAACGCAUUUUGGUUCUCGAUACAUACCACCGGUGGGUUUAGACUCGAUCCACUGUAUCGCUUCAAUUCUUUUUCAUAUUCAUAUACAUAUACAUAUUUAUUUUUUCAUUUUUAAAAUAUAAAUAGAAACCAUCGUUGACGAUAUCAUAAUUUUAUUACUAAUUUUAUUUGGUCAUUGAAUUUAUGCAGGAUUAUUUAUUUUUUUUUUCAGCACAAACAACAUGCAAUCAAGGUAUCGGACGAAUUGUUUACGAAAGGCUCCCGGACCAUCAACUACAAGGAUUCGACGAUGAUGUGGUAAGUACAUUACUUACUUUUAACACAUCAAAAAAGCUGUGAAUAUACCAUUAUACGAGAUUUCGAAAUUAUAUUCAUUAUUAUAUCAUAUAGAGUCUGAUAAUAAUAUGAUAUGCCCUUUACUUAAAUGUAAACAAAUGUUUGAAAAAUACUUAUGAAACCUUGGCAAUUUAAAUGAAAAUCUCAUAAACUAGACUCAUACGUACUGUCAAGUUUAUUUCAUCGUACUGAUUCGAUUCGAGUAUUUUCUUUUAUUUUGACUGUACAUACAAAUUUUUCUCUUGACCGCUCGUUGUUAAAGCGUGUAUAUUUUAUUAUAAUAUAAUUUAUUUUCAUGUUUUGAAUUGAAACAAAAAAAAAAAUAUUUUGUCACAUCUAAACAUCAUAUUUACUAUUGUUAAAACACAUUUUAAUUCAAAUAAUCUAUGCCAUACAUUUUCUAUAUUUUACUUUCACAAUUAAUACUAAAGUUUAAGUACAUUAUAUCACUAGAGUUGACCACUGUGAUUUAACGAACGAUAAAACGUUUUUAUUGGUCGGAAUAAAAACGAAUGAUGUCCAUACUGAUGAUUGUAAAUAAAAUAGCAAAUAAAUGAGACCAUUAACCUCGCAAACUUAUUCCCUUUUCUAAAAUCAUUCAUCUACUAUUAAAGUACACAUAUUAAGUAUUCAAGAAUUUUAACAAAUAUCAUAUUCUGUUACAUUUUUCCUAUACAGUUUUUUUUAACGAUUACUUAAAUAAAAUUACUAAUCAUGAACAUUUCAAAGAGAAUAUCUAUAUACGUAUAUAUAUAUUUAAUAAUACAUAAUGUGUAUAUUAUAUUAUGAUAUAUAAAAAAUAUCUAAGCCAUUUAAAUGCCUGUGAUUUGUUUAUUAAUUUGGAUCAUAUUGUAAUAAUAUUUUAUUUGAAAUACUUGAUGAAACUACAGUAGAAGCCACUUAUUAGGAACACUUUGGGACCGAGGUGAAACGUGUCAAGUAACCGAUUGUUUCUAAUAAAUUAUUGGUUUUAAUAUACAAUUGAUUUAAUAUAUGACCAGUCCACAAAAUAUAUUUGGACGGACUGUCCAUAUAUAUUUUGUUUCAAUAACGCGAUUGUAUCAAUCAUCCGUGUUACUAAUAAGCGACUUCUAAUGUAUAUUGAAGUUUAUUAUAAUAUUGUUUUAUAUUUAUUUGAAUUACUAUUAAACAAAUUAUUUUAGUUUCAUAAAUUUAAUUUUCAAUUGACUAUGUAUAAUAAAUUAUUAAAUAAAAUAAGAACGAAGAAGAACUAAUACUGUUGAUGAGUAUGUCACUUUUAAAGGUGAAAAGUUGGAAAGGUAGGAUGCAUAAAGUUAUUUAUUUUAUAUUUUUAAUAAAAGAUAAAUGAUUACCAACGAAAAACAAUCUUGAGGGAAGUUCGUUUAAACAUGAUUUUUUAGACCGUAAUAUUUACAUUUUUAUCCAAAAUUUGAUCUUAAAAUAAUUGUGAAAAAAAAUGACUGCAUUGCACUUACCUGUUUUUUUUUCAUGGAGUGACUGAAGAACAGAUUAUAGUAAAUAAUAAGAUAACAGUAAAACAGUCACGUUUCACAAAUUAUUUUUGUAUUGUAUUGAAUACCUACUAACUUGAAAUUAUCAAAAUAAAAAUAUGAUACCAUUAUUAGAUUUUAUGGCUGGAAAUAUAGUAUAAUCUUAUCUAUACGAUUUUCGAGUGUCAAUUAUAGCUAAAAUAGUAGUGCAUAUGAGUAAAUUUAGCAAAAUUGCAAUAAAAUUGAAAAACAUUGCACUUAAAACUUCUAGAUUUGAUUUCGUACUUACAUGAAACGUAUUUAAAACUACAUUAGCAAUAAAUUGAAAAGGUAGAAAAAAAGUUGCAAAUGCAACAACAUCCGUGCUCUAGUAACAAAUUAUAAAUUUAUAAAAAUAAUGUUUUUAACAAGAUAUCAAAUAUUGUAAUUGCAAUUAAUAUGUUAGGUUUUAUUACUUUAAAUUUAAAUAAUUUACUUGAAAUUAUUUUUAUGCAAGUAGUUAUCUAUGAUAAUUGUAUCGUAAAAAUAAUGAAAAGUAAAAUUAAAUAAUUAUAGUGAAUAAAUAUCUAAGUUAGUAUUAUGAAAUAAAGAUAAACUAUACUGGUUAGUAUCUAGAUGAAAUAAUAUUAAAACAAAAGAUGGGGUGGAUAGGUAAAUGCCAAAAUAUUCAAAUAUCUACAUUUGUUGUCAACUAGAUAUAUAUAAUACAAUUUAAAAAGGUAUAUUUAUUAUUUACACCAAACCACACAAAAUAAAUUAAACACAACCAAGAUAAAUUAGUGGAAUUACAGAAAUAAACGAAUACACCUACAAAAUUUGAGUUCACAUAGAGUUAGCCGGUCGUACUCAUUCCAAAAUGCCAGAGUAAUCUCGCCUAGCUUGUGAUUCCGUUUGAAAUUUACCUUCUCAUAUUUUACAAAUAAAUCAGUGAUAAAGUAUUUCGAAAAAUAUAAUUUAUUGUGAACACAGGUUGGCCAACUUUAAAUUAAUUCGACCAAUGUUAUUUGCAAAUAUUUUUUCACAUUACAGUUACGUUUUUUGUUAAUUGUUAAUCAUCAAUCAUGACAAAUGAUUGAUAUGACUAAUAUGACUAAUAUUGUCUAUCUGUAAAUAAUAUUGACUAAUAUGUUAAAUAAAUAUAAUAAAUCGAAAAUUCGAUUUUUUCUAUUUUCCAUUUAUUGAUUUCGUUAAUUUUUGUUCCAUUAUAACGUUAUAAAUAACGUUUUGAAGCUCUGAUUUUAACACAAAAAUACAAUUGAAAAUUAUAAAAGCAUUAUUUCCGUAAAUUUUUUCGUUCUUUCUCCCUUUUCCUUUUUUGGUUUUAUUUCAUUAUUAAUAAAUCUACACAAAAAAUCAAAAAACAACUUUCUUGUUCACCAACAAGAUUAAAAAUGGAAGAAAAUAGUUCUAUUGUAGUUUCUGGAAGAAAAAAUCCAAAACUCUUACACCGACUUGAUAAAAUGUCCUUUUAGAAAAGAUUCCACCAUACCAUACCAUACAUACUAUACAUCAGUGCACUUUUUCUGUUAAAAAUAUUGUUAUAGAUAAAAAUGAAUAAAACACAUCAUAGUAGACAUCCAUCACUCUUUUCCGAAUCUAAAAGUUAACUUAGUACUGGGGCGAUUUGAAAAGAAAAACCAUACACCUACUGUAAGAAACGAUAAAUUAAUGAAGUUAAAAUACUAAUUUAACCAACAGUUUCGAUUUUUCGCGAUUUUCGGUCAAACAUAAGAUUCGGUUGAAAAAAAAAAAACUACUUUGUAGAGAUUUUUACCGGCUCGAAUUUUUACCACGUGAAGUCCACAUACCACAGUUAAUAAGUUUAUUGAUUUUUGUAUUAGGUACGUGAUACGGCCCCACCGUUUCGGGUGUUGGAGAAAUGUCAAGAGUUGUGCUUGCGGGAUAGAACGGCCACCAACAAUCUCGUGCGGACUUGUACUUCGUUCGAUUUCCAGCCCGGCAGCCGAAUUGCCUCGUUCAGCGGUACCGUCGAAUACGAAGAAUCCACUUGCUAUCUGACCCGUGAACAGGCUCAUCCCGAGGGAAUCGGUGUUCUGGUACUUGUCCCCAACAGCGUCCACUACACCGAAGUCUGUCUAUCCUGUGAGUAUAUUUAAGAUUUUAUUUAAAAAUAUAAUUUAAAUAUAGGUAUAUUAUUUAAAAUAUAACAUAUUAUAAUAGCAUAAUAAAUACAUUAAUAUCAAGACAAAUCGACUAUCAGUGACUUAAUUCAUGAAAUAAAAUUACAUUAAAUCUGGUAGGUAUAGGCUAAAAACAAGAAAUCAAAUUUUCUUGAGUAAGAAGUCUGACUUAAAAUUGGUUAUUUUGGUUAUAGUUUGUGCGGCGGGCUUUUACAUGGAAUGUUGAAUUAUAGAAUGCGAGCUGUAUUGUGGAUAUACGUGCAGGAAUAGAAGUUGCUGGAUAAAUUAGGAAUAAGAGAUUAUAUUGUAUUCAGUGGUGGCUCGUGGGUAAAAUAAUUGAUGGUGCACAUUUAAAAAAUUGUAUACAUAAGUAUAGCCAAUUCAGAAAACAGGAACUAAAACAAAUAUUAUUUUAUUGAAAUAUGAAUAUAUUUGUAUUUGUUUUAUAUAUAGGAGGUUAUUAGGUAAAAAUCUAAAAUAUAUUUGGGAAUUAUGUUUGUUUUUGUUACGUUUUAUUAAAUAAUAUUAUUUAUGGAUUGAAUGUGUCGGUCAGUAUUUUCUAUAUUUUUGAAAUAACGUCGCCCGCCAGACAAAUUUAAUAUUAUUCAAAAGAAAUCAGUUCCCAAGGCGUGAUAUUCUCCAUUAGCAGCGGCAGAUGGCUGUACAGUCGCGGAGGUGCAAUUUUCGUUUGUGCACCAACAUACCACAAGUCUAAUGGUAAUUGUGCCAGUAGUGGGAAUGAAAUGGUCAAAUGCGCGGCUGGUGCAAAAAUUGUAUUUGCCCGUCCAUAUCCCCCUGCCGCUGUGGGCGUUGAGUAUUGUGUACAAUGGCAUACCUAUAACGUGCGAUAGCAUUCGUUUUUCUCGACUUUUCGAAUUUAAUAUUUUUAAAUCUAUAAAAUAAUUUUUAUUUUUGUCUCUAAAAUGAAUCUGAAUGUAUUUCUAUAUUAUAUUAAUUAAUAAUAUAUUUUUUUACUGUGGUAAAACAGCAAUGUAUAGGUAGUUUUCAAAAUUGUAGGUGGUGCGCUGCUCCUGUGCACCAUAGCAUAAGCCGCCACUGAUUAUAUUAUAUUUUAGGUGCAUACCUACAUUAUAUAAUACCAUCACUCUGGAACCGAUUUAUCGUAUGAAAAUUUAGAUUGGUCAACAUCAAUAUUGUAUAAAGAUAAAUUUUUAAAUAUCUAGAUAAAGAUAAGAUACAGUUGCUGGAUUAAUAAUCUUAAUAAUGAAUAACAAUCAGGAAUAUUUGUUUAGACAAAAAAAAUUAUAAUUUUGUUCAUUACCUACCAUAAAACAGAGUGCUAAAAGUAGUAAAGAGUAUAUCAGAUUUGAUAGAUACACAUCAAAAUUUUGCUUGGAAGUUGUGUAAUAAUAAUUGAUGCACUUACUUAAUAAUUUAAUGUAAUUUAUUUUGUGAUUUAAAGUAACUUAAUUGUUGAUUUAUUAAACCAUUCUAGUAUAAAUUAAAUAUUUCACUUAUAAUUUUUAAUACAUAAAUAAAUUACGUUUUAAAAAGAUUCAUACAUAGAUGAUUCAAUUAUUUAUUUCAGAUGAAAGCCCAGAUAACUUAUUUCUCAUUUUUCUAUACAAGAUAAAAGAUAUACUUAUACAAAUAAUUUAUCUGGAUAAAAUAUAACACUGCUGGUCGUUAUUAGUUUCCACAAGAGUAUUAUAAUAAUAGUUUAAACCUAUCACGAUAGUAAUAUUUAUUAUUUUACUCAUGUAGGUACCGAUCCUAAAAUAUAAUAUAAAAAUAUAAAAUGUUUACCUAAAAUAGAAAUUAUUCAAAUUCUCGAGUUCCGUUUUAUCGUUUAUAAAACAACAUUGUUUUAGUUUUGGAUAAUUUAUUACUCGCACAGUUCUUUAUUGGUAUACGUUUGAAAACCUAGAGGUCUUCGAAAAUAUUUUCAAAACGGCUAAAUGAUCUGGUUCUACGUUAAACUACAUGAUUUCAAAGUUUUUUUUUCUUGUUAUAAUUUAUAUAACUUUGCGAUGUGAUCCAUAUAAUUUAUAUUAUUUUUAAACUAAAAAUAAAAAUGUUUAAAAAAAUUGUUUUUACAAAAUCCAAGAUAGCCUUUUUAUAACUAUAUUUCGAAACAAAAUGUUGGUGUUUUUAAUUAUUUAUUUCUCACGGAAAAAUAUUGGUGAAUUGAUUGAUAUUAAUAUUAUUAUUGGGCAUUAAAAAUUUUUAAUUAUUUUGAAAAUCAACAUAUUAUAUUCUAGUGAUUAUUACAAGGAAACAAACUUCAUAACAUCGAGCAGAACAAUUGUUAUUUCAAGUGUCACAUCUUCGUGUUUACAGCCUGUAUUUUAAAACGAACACGGGGUUUCCUCUUUAACGGGUCGCUUUGUUGUCAUGGUAAAUCGGCUAUCCUAUAUCGUUUCUCCGUCUUUCAAAAUGUUCAAACCUAUCACAUCGCAAUUCAUUCCUUCUCUUAUUUUUAGAUAAAUUAAUGGAUGGUUGACAAUAAUAUAAUAUCUUUUUAAAUAUUAAGCAUCGAUAUAAGAACUUUAUUGUUUCGCAUAAUGUGGUAAAAGCGAAAAAAAAUAUUAUUUUGUAUUAGGUCAUAUAUAAGAUGUCUUUUAUUUCGAAAUUUUGGUUUUUUCCUUUUUCAAAACCUGUAAAAUAUUAUUAUUUCAAUACGAUUAAAAAAACAAAAAAGAAAAGGUUAUAUGAGUAUAUUAUCAUUUAGUUUCGUUCAAUGACAUCUCGUUGGAUUUUGAAAGCUCGGUUUUUGCUUCUUCUCUGACCUCGAUGAUUGACGGAUAAAAUUAUCUUUGUUCCGUGGGACAAUAAUCACCCCCGGUCAAACACACCGUGUGCAACCGACCAUGAGGUUACCUACGUUUUAUGAUCGACGUCGGGUUACUAACCUUUUGUGAUAUAAAUCGCAAUAUUCAAAUAAUUGCCGGAAAGUACAAUAAUUAUUUAUUUCAUUAUUUUCGAAACGCAUUUAAAAUUAUUUCUCGUUAUCGUCAAAAUAAUAUGAUAUUUUUAUAUUGAUACGAACUGGUUGAACUGAAUGCAACAGCGAUUGUCGUUGGAAACCAUAUUAUAGUUUAAUAGAAUUUACAAAGAAAAUCAAAAUACAUGAAUACAUACAUAAAAUUCCAUUGUAUUAUUGACACUUUGUCCAAUUAUUAUCAUUGCCUGAUAUAAUCGGUUAUUUAUCAAUUUAACUAUAGAUGUACUAUGAACUAUUAUAUGUGAUAAUUCAUGUUAUUAUCACUGAUUUUCAUGCUGGUUCAACGAAAAUAAAUCAACUAAAUUAAGAUUAUAAACAAAUUCUCUAUAAAAAGUCCACUGAAAAACACGACGGUGUAUUAAAAUACCUGAAAAAAAAAACAUGACUUGUCUUAUACGCUCCAAAUGUGUUGGUUUUAGAAUGAUGUUUAUUUUUUUUUAUCUGUGGACAACUUUUUUACCAAAAAUCUUGCUCCGAUUUUUAUGUGUAGUACGUUUUUUGAAAGGAAAUUUUAUCCGGGUGAUGCGUUGAUGAAGUCUUUUAUUUAUUUUCUAAGUGAUUUUCAUAAUAACUAGGAAAACCGGAAAAAACGUAGGAAAGACAAGAUAAUGUACGUACAUGAUUAAUCGUUAUUCGUUAGCCAUAACUUAACGUUGCGUACAGACAAAAAUUAAAUUCCCCUCUAUAUUCUAUAACCUUCACAACUUUUCAUCUACAACCUAGUACAACUUAGUACGGGAUAUACUUUGCCCACCCACUGUACGAAAUAUAUCCGUUUCUUUUCUUUGGGAAAUAUUUGUCAAUCCAAACUUAUAUAAUAUUAUAUUUGUAUACCCAGUAUAAACCUACCUUUCGUAUUUACACAUUUACAAUGAAUUCUCGUAUGCCCUCUGAUUCGUCACGUCCUUCUGUGAUAUGAUGACUCGUAUGAAUAAACAAGGUGAAGCAAUAUAGAUAUAGACACACGGUUUGUGUAUGUUAUACAAAAAUUGAUUUUGUGCGUAUCCCAUUGUAGCCAGUAGAAUCGAACGAGAAUGCCCCAACAGACAUUACGUUUUCGAGAGACACACCAGGAAGAAGCUCAAGUUGCCGCCCAGCGAAUACAAGGAAAUGAUAGCGGCCAACCGAACGGAUUGCGAGGACAAGUGUUUAAACGAAUUCACGUUUGUGUGCCGUUCAGUUACUUACGAUUCGGCGUCGAAGACCUGUUGGCUAACUAGAUUCACCAGGAGAUCUCAUCCGGAAUUACUAGAAGACGACCCUAGUUCCGAUUAUUUGGAAAACACUUGUUUAAACGGUACGGUAUAUAGAUGUGUUUAUAACUGAUUUUUGUCUAAUACUAUUACGAUUUUGAAAUUAAUUGUUGCUGUUAAUAUUAUAGUCGAGAGACGGUGCGAUGGACCGGUAAUAUUUGUCAAGGAAGAAAACAAACGGUUAGGCGGACCAUUCGAAGUGGAUAUUUUCGCUAAUUUAUCUUUGAUUGAAUGCCAGGCGCAAUGUCUGCGUGCUGAAAAGUGAGUAGAACGACAAAAAAGAGCUUUCAAUAUUAUAAUUUUAUAGCUUGACAAUAAAAUACUCAAUAAUUUUGAUUUAUAUUAGUAACUAGUACUUAUAUUUAGUUGUUACAUAACUAUUUUUUAACUAUUAAUUAACCUAUUAAUAUAUCAAUUUAUUUAUCAAUUAACAUAACUAUUAAUUUGAAUAAUCUCUUAUCUAUUGGAAAGGAUAGGAUAAAAUAUGUGUUAAUAAUAUAUAUCCAAAUAAAUAUGAGUACAACAUUUUCUCUCUCUCUCUCUCUUUUUCGGCUUCUAUUAAACACCAAAUAAAAGUUUUUGCCACCAUCACUAAUCAUUCCAUUUUCUUUGUUUUGUAUUAUAUCCUUCCAGUUUGGCAUUCCUAUAAGUAUCCAGAUUUGUAUUCCCUCAUAUCGAUCUACUUCUUCCGAGUUCCUUAGUCUCUGUCCUUCUGAUUUUCAGUUUAAUACUUCCUUAAUUGCAUACAAAUAAUGUUCUACACUAUGUUAUAUUGUAUGACCCAGCCAUUAUAUUCUCUAGUUUUUUAUGAAGCCAUUGACUGUCGUAAUUUUGAUUUCCUCCUGUAAAUGUUUGUUGAAUUUUUUCUCCAUAGGCCAAUUCUCACAUUCAUGCGUAGGCUACAUAUCAUUUUCUAUAUUUUAUUUUCAAAAUGAUUCAAAAUUCUUCUUUUAGUAUCUAAAUAUAAUCAUUGCCCGGCACUACAGGACUUAUAACGAUUGAGAUUUUCGUGUAUCUAUACAGGUAUUUCUGUCGGUCGGUUGAGUACGACGAGCAGAUCCGCCGGUGCAUAAUAUUCGAGGAAGACUCGAUGUCGCAGAAGGACGACCUCAGAGUGAGCAGUAGCCCCACGCACGAUCUGUACGAUCUGGUCUGCCUAGACAACCGUAAGUGUCAAUAAACCGCUUUGUUUAAGGCCCACCCCGUAACAAUCACCUACCCAAUGUGUGUGCGCAAAUUUCUAACAAAAUAUCAGGUGGUGAUUUGCUUACAGCGAAGGGCAACGAGUUCUCGGACAACACGCUAACGUCGCACCUAUUCGCCGACGGGCGCAGGCCCGACACUGCGUUCCAACGAUACAGGAAUAGCAGACUAGGCGGAGAAUUCCAUUCGGAAAUCACGGGACGGUCGUUGAGCGAGUGUUUGGACGAAUGUCUGAGGCAGGUGAGCUUCCAGUGCCGAUCGGCCGUAUACAGCGAACGGUUCAGGAUUUGUAGACUCAGUCGUUUCAACCAGAGGGACGGACACCGAGUGAUAUACGACGCCGAUUAUGAUUACUACGAGAACCUGAUGAGUGAGUAGCGGUGAAAAUGUUACCAAUUAUUUUAUCUUAAAUAAAACAAUGCGUUUUUCGUAGACGGAGGCGCUACUGCACCGCCGUUCACGAGACCAGAUCCUUUGGGACAAGGUUCGAACUUUUUAGGCAGCGGCAAACCGCCGUAUCCGACCCCGGGAAAACCCAUAGGUAACGUAUAGCAUCUCUAACAAUACAAAAGUGAAAAAAUACAGUUUUUUUUUUUCUAAAUACUCAUAAAACAACAAAUGGCGAUAAUAAUUUAGGAGGCGGUUUUGGCGGUGUAUACGGAGGAGGAUCGUAUCCCGGCUAUUCAAGCACCGCCGGUAGCGGUAUAGGAGGAGGAGGCAUGAGUUCCAGCGUCGGGCCUUACCCGAGCGAAGCUCCCGCCGGAUACUGGGGUCACGUCGGGGGUCACGGAGCGGACAUUCCGCCGUUUUUGGGACAAGGAGCCGGUGGUAUAAGCCCCACGAGUUACGGAUUCGGAUCCACACCGUCAAUCGUCGGGUCUUCGAUACCACCGUACACGCCGUCGGCCAUGCCCGGUGGAUUGCAGCCAAUCGGUGGGUCGCCUAUGGGACCUCCUUUGGGAAUGCCCCCACAGGUGCCGGGAUAUUACGGCGGCGCGGGCGGUAUGGUCGGCGGCGGUGGAGGUGGCGGCAACAUACCGUUCAAUAUACGGUGUGACGAUACGGACGGGUUUAAACAGGUAAAAUUCCAAACGUAAUAUAGAAAUAAUAUAACAAUAAUGCUGUUGCCGGUUUGCUUGAAACUUUACCGAACCCAUCACUGGCUAUCGGUUCUGUAAAAAUUAAAAACCGUUUUAUAGUUUAUAAUUAUAAAUGAUAUCGAAUACAGCUGAAUGGUCGGAUUGCUAGGUCGUUGAACAGAUUUCUGAAUAUUUUGUAAACAUUCUCCUUAUCGUUUAAUUACAAUUUUUGAAUCACGUGGGUAAAUACGUAAUUCAACUUUUACGUUGCAAAGUCGUUCGAUAAACUUAUAAUUAACAUUCAUUAUAUUAUAGCAUGGAUAUUACGGUCCUAUUAAAAUAAUAAAAUAAGUUUAUGAAACGCAAUAAUAAUAUGUUCACUAACUGUAAUAUUAUUAUACCAAACCGAUAGAUUUAUCAAAACAACAGUUUAUAGAACUGUUUUCGUGUAAACCGGCAUAGAUAUAUUCGUGUUUACUAUUAUUUUUUUUUUUAUCGUGGCAUUGUCAAUAAUAUCAAAUAUAGAUGGGUGUGCGAAUGAGGAUGGCGAGGGGACUGAUUAAACGUUUCAUUACCGCGCCUACACUGUCGCAUUGCGAACGCGAAUGCGCGAUGGCCAGAGAUUUUAACUGCCGAUCGUUCAACUACAGGCAAGUAUAAAAUGGUCUUUUAUCCUAGAAAAAAAAAAAAUAAAUAAAACCCCUGAAAACGAAUGGUCGUGUGUUGUGAGAGGAAAUUCAAUUACUUAUUAUUGUAUAAUGUUCACAGAACCGCGCCGUACGGAACGACGAGGGAAAACUGUGAGCUGAGCGACCAGGAAACACGAUUCGUCGAUAUGGGAAAUCCGGCGUUCUUCGAAAACGCGCCGGAGUACGAUUUUUAUGAAAAGACCGCUAUGGGCAGCCGGAACAGUCAAGAAUGUUUGGACGGUAAUUAUUUAUGGUCUUUUUAUCUAUUUGCUUUAGAUUCUGAACGAAGACAAAGUGAAAAAUAUAUUGGUUUUACUAUAAUGGAAUUUUUUUUUUGUAUCUAUAAACAACUCUUCAAUCAGAAAUCUUGUUUCAAUCAAAAAGUUUAUUAGACAUUUUUGGUAAAAAAAAUAUAAUUGAUUUUAAUUUAGUAUUUCUUAUUGGAAUUUUAAUAUCAAAUUUUAACGAAAAUCGUAAAUGUUAUGGCUUUUUAAAAUACGUACAACCGAACUUUGGUUUAUCGUUGCGUAUAGAUAUAAAUUAAAUUUCCCUUUAUAUCUUAUAUGUUCUCAACUUCUCAUCCAUAAUAGUGUAGUUACAGUGUAACUACAACAGUUUAUCUACAACACGUUUGUAGAUUUAUGGGUUACCACGGUAACAAGGGAACAAAUACGACCAUAAUAAUACUCUGCUUGGAAUCGUUUUUAAUUAGCAAUGAUUUAUCGUUGCGUACAUUAUAGCCCCCUCUUCUAACUGUUCUCCUAAACCUGUGUCUCAUCUAUUAACUGUAUCAGCUUCUUUUGUUUUUAUCGUUUGUUAUUUUAUUGCAAUAAUUAAUAAUGAAUUUAUGGCCAUAUACAUAUAGUGAGUCAAGUGUGCAGCGAAGACGGUAUGGAGUUCACUUUGCGUACGCCGGAGGGAUUUUUAGGACGAAUAUACACGCACGGGUAUUACGACAGGUGCUUUUACAGAGGAAACGGCGGUACGGCAAAUGUUUUGCGGAUCAGCGGUGCUCAAGGAUAUCCGGAUUGCGGAACGCAACGGGUAUAAUAAUAAUAAUAAUAAUAAUAAUAUUCUAUAAUACCAGAGGAAAUUAUUUGAUUUUGUUCAAUAUCGUCGUAUCAUAAAUCUAAUCGCUCAUUUCAAAAACUUAAGUCUGCUUUUUCGAGAUAAUCAAUAAAAACCACUAUCUAUAACCGUUUGUUUCAAAAAUUGCAAAAAUUGCUAUAAAUACCUACUUGAAUACUCAUUAUUAUAAAUACCGGUGUCAUAUUAGCUCAACGGUGCACUGGGGGAGGGGAAAACAAAUUUGUUAUUUGUACAUUUGAGGUUUCUACUGUAAAUAAUUUUUCUCUGAUCUUGAUUUUUUUUUAAAUUUAUUUUUAAGGUUUACAUAAUAAAAAAGAAGUAAGUUCAUGAUAAGACUGAUUAUAUUUUUAAUAAAUAAAAUUGCAUUUGAAAUGAAUUAAAAAACCCUUUAAGUUGACGAUUGAUACUAUUGACAAUUAAUGAAAAAUCAUAUUCAUUCGACGGCGCUUAGUGGGUUUCUACGGUAAACCAUUGGAUCUUAAUGGAUUUUCCGUUCCCUCUUUUUUUUAUAAUAUUUUUUUAAAACAAGCAAUUUGAUUAUCCUCAGAACUGAAUAUCAAUAAAUUAAUAAGUGACCAACAGUACGGGGGUUGGGUUCAAAUUUCGCUAAUUAUAAACGCUAUACUUUUACUACUCAGUUCAAACAUACGAUCGCUUAGUAUAAUAUUACGUCACUGGUGUUUAAGUCUCAUUACGUCUUUCGGGUUCAUAAGUCAUGUAUAGUGUAUAUUUAUAAAUGGUUUAACAACGACGCGUAUUCGGUUCGGUUCUAGUAUGGCGACACGAUGACCAACAUUGUCGUGGUGCAGUUUAGCGAUUACGUGCAGACCAGCCGGGACAAGCGGUAUAACUUGACUUGUUUAUUUCGAGGCCCAGGGGAAGCUGUCGUCACUUCGAGUUACAUGACGGCAAAGUCAGUGCUACUUCACGUGAAAUUACUAAUUUAACUUAAUUUACUAUUUAAUUAAAGAAUUAAUCGAUCGAUUGUCGUUUCCAGUUCCGGAAGUCCGAUACCCAUCGAAUAUCUGCCGGCGGAGAACUCGCUUAGCUCGCGUGUCCGGCUAAUGAUACUGUUCCAAGGCCGACCCACGCAAACGAUUGCCGUUGGAGAUCCACUGACAUUCCGUUUAGAGGCGCAGGACGGUUACAACUACGCGAGCGACAUAUUUGCCACGAACGUCAUCGCGAGGGACCCGUACAGCGGCAGGAGCGUACAGUUGAUUGACCGUUAUGGGUGAGCAAUCGUGAAUAUAUCCCGAAUUGUAUUGUUAUAUUAUUUAUUUGCGCAUCGUAUUAUAUUUGGUCCGUAUUCCGAUCACAGGUGUCCCGUGGAUAACUUCGUGUUCCCUGGUUUGGAUAAGGCUCGAGAAGGAGACGGGUUGGAAGCGAGAUUCAACGCGUUCAAGAUUCCCGAAUCGAAUUUCCUGGUGUUUGAGGCCACCGUUAGGACGUGCCGUGAAGGAUGUCAACCGGUAAGUAUAUUGUAGUGUUGAUGUCGAAUCAAAAUAUUAGUUUUACUGACGUGUAUUUUUUUUUCUUACAGGCGUACUGUACUCUGCACGCCGGCAGGACAGAACCGUCGUUGGGCAGACGUCGCAGGGAUAUAAGCGGUAAAAACCAAACGGCCGUGGAUGACCCAAACAACAAGACAGCGGAAACCACACCGGGAGAAGAAGAAAAAGUGCGCCAAGUUAUCGAGGUUAGUAUGCAUAUCGAUCGCGAACAAGUUUAUACGACUCGCGUAUUGAAUAUUGUAACCGAUAUUGUAUUAAGAUAAAUCUUAAAUAUGUAGAUAAAUAUAAAUUAUUAGAAACGUUUAUCUAGAUAAACAUUUUUAUUCAAUAUCUAUCAUAAAACAGAACUAAAGUAGUAAAAAUGUAAUAGAUUUGGUAAACCUCUAGUUUUCACAUAAAAGUUGUGUAAUUUACCUUUAAUUUAUUUAUAAAACCACAUCAAUAUAAAUAAAAUAUUUUACUUAUUAUUUGUAAGAUAUAUAUAAAUUACGAAUUAAACAGAUUUAUUUAAAAAAUCCAAUUAUUUAUUUUAGAUAACUUAUUUAUUAUUUAUCUAGAUAAGAUAAAAAAAAACAAAAGUACAUAUAUAGAAAAAUUUACCCGAAUAAAACACGAUAUUGAUUAUAUUAUUACAGGUAUACGAGAGUCGAUACGACAUGCCACUGGAACAGAUGACUUCGGAACCGGCCCCGCAGAGCAUUUGUCUGACCAGUCGGGAAUAUUACAGUAUGGUGUUUUCGCUAUUUAUGUUUUUGGUACUCUUGAUCACCGUGUCGAUGUCCGCCGGCAUCUAUUACAAGUAAGUUAUUUUUGUUUGUUUGUUUUUUUCAUUCGAACGAAAUUAUAUAGUCUAAUCGUGUAUACGGUAUAAUAUAAAUCAGUGGUUUAAAAACUAGAUUAUAUUUUUCGAGUAAUUAUAAAGCACAUACAAUAAUUAUUAUUUAUUAUUGCAUGGUCGGUAUAAUUCUGCCAAAUGUCUGUGAAAUGAAUAGGGUACAAUCAAAGUGAUUGGAAAAAUAAUGCCCAAAAAUUGUUAUAAUAUAAACAUUUACCACGUUUUCUAAGUUCUCCUUUUCCCAUUUCCCUAUAUUUCCCUUUUCUCCGAUAGAUUUUAUUUUUUUAUCAUUGUACUUCUUUUGCUGCAAAAAUCGAAACGUGGCUAUUUUUAACGAUUUUAUCCUUUGGUAUCGUCAUGCAUUGACGACAAAACAAAUGAAAGAAAAUAGUUUUAAAAAUUGGCAAAUUUUGACAUCAAUGCAAUUUUGGAGUAUUUUUUUUUAGAAAUAAUGACAUUGUUUCUUUUUUGAGCUUAGCCUUUAAUAUUUUAACUUUUCAUGUAUUUUUGGGAGAUACAAUAAUUUUUACGUAGUAGAUUAUUUUUAAUUAAGGGAUAUUACUAUUUUAAAAUAAGUAAAACAUUGGGAUUGUAUAAUUAUGUUUAACGUUAUCCAUAAUGACUAAAUAAAUAUUUUUCACUUCUUUUGGGUUUAUACCUACAAAUGACAAAUGACAUUUAACGAUGGCGUCGCGUCGUUGUCAUUGAUUUAUGUACUGUACUCUUUGUAUACGAUUUUUUGACGUUUAAAAGUGUAUAAUGUAGAAUAUAGAUGAUACUUAAAAUAUUAUUAUAGACGUUAUUGGCUACUGACGGCCAAAAACGAGAUGGCUAACAGCAAUUCUGGUCUGAGUGACAACAUGACCAAUGGUAGCGGAUCUACAGGACGGAUGUCGUUUUCCGGUCGUAGUUUCUUCUCCAAUCUGUCAUUCGGAAAACGCAAACCGUUCCUCAACAUCAGGUGUGUACUUUAAUAUACGUUAAUUAAUUGAUUUUUAUUUUUUAUUCAUACAAAUAAUAUAUUAGAGUAAAUUUCUUCCAAAAUGUAAUGAUAUUUAAUCAAAAUGAUAAUUUGUAUUCCAAAACUCAACAGUUUGAUAAUGUUGUUUAUUGUUAAAUCUUGUUCCAAAAUUCAACGUUGCCAACUAAAUUUCCAUCAAGUCCAACGUUUAAUUUUACCGAAUUGUCUGAUUGAUAUCACUUAUGUCCAUUUUUCCUUACUUUCCGCGAUUUAAAUUAAUGUCAAUGCGCCUAUAUUAUAUUUGAUAAUAUAGGGUAAAUAUUACAUUAUCAAUUAUAAUAAUCAUAUCCAACGCAGUCUAAAUAUUUUGAUAUUCAAUAACCGUUCAACGAAUCCAUCGUUUAGUUGAAUUUUGGAAGUCAGGUUAUAUUUUUUAAUAGCAGCCAAAAGUGUUAAAAAAAAAACCUCUCUUCAUAUACAAAUAAGUGGUUAGGUUUAAUUUGUUGUUGUUGUCUGUUGUUCCUGCAGGGCUCCAGUGGAAUCUAUGGAAACCGGAUCAACAAAUCCAACGGCUAUGAUCGUUAGCGGAGGAGUAAACAUCAACGGUGGUGGUGUCGGCGUCGGAAAAGGCUUCGAAGACCCGAGCGAACCAAUUUACACGGAUCCGUCGCUUUUCGAACGGUCCCGGAGCUUGCGCAGCAUCGCUUUUUCGUCUUCGGGCCAAAACGUGUUCAAAAACGAAGCGUUUUGUCAUUGAUGACGACAGUGACGAUAGGAUGGUGACGUGUGCGAAACGCGAGUGUGAUAAAUAAAUUUACCGCCGAUUUUUUUACUAUACUAUAAUAUUAUACUUAUACAAUAAAAACAAAGAAAAUAUUUGCAUGUUAUUUUAGACAGAUGUUUUGGGUUCUUUUAAUCCUGUUUGAAUCGCAAUAUUAUAAUUUUAUUAUAAGUAUAGUAUCCUAUUAUAAUACUACACAUCACAAAGCAGUAGCGUAUUAUCUGGGUGAUAAUAGGAAGACAUAUAUAUCCUCUUGACCUUUUUCACUAUCAUUUACAUACGACUACGUAUUUUUCAAAAUUCAAAUCGUUUCACUUUUUAGAUAGGAAAACCAUAAUUUUAAUAUGUUGGUAUGUUAUAGGUUAAUUUAACCUAUAGUAUUAAUAUAUCUGCGAAAACCCGAACGUAUAUACAUUUUCUUAUUUCAAACGAAACCUACAUUCAAUCCUGAACAAUAUUAUGAAGAAUGUUAGGUUAGCAUACCUAAACAAUAAAUUAAUUAAUAAUGAUUACUUACCGACAGGUAUAUCUGAUAGUCAAAUACAUCUAAUCUUCAAUUUCGUUGAUAAUUUUCGGGCAGAUUGAAUCGUAAAUUACUUACAAAUAUAUUAAAUUAAAUAUUGAAACCUGUAGUCUUUUUUUCGCCUACGUUAUAAAAAUGUAUAGAUUUGAUAUUCACCUUCUUGGAAAAUCUUAAAUACGCCACUAUCAUUAUAAACGUUUGGAAAAAAUCAACAGAGACAACAGUUUUUACAUUACCUUCUUAUCUAUCUAUACUAAUAUAAUAAUAUUAUAGUAUUGAAUGUGUUUUUGUUUUUUUUUUUUUUAUUUUAUAUAAUAUACUUAAAUUUAUAUUAUUUUUAUUUUCAUAUAGAUUUACUCGCUUUCACUUCUUAUAAACUGUUUUGUAAACGUUUUAUUUAUAUACUUGCAAUUUGUAUUACUUACAUUUUUAUAAUAAUAUUAGUUCGGAUUUGUCAUAAUAUAAACCUAAUAAGGCACAUUCGAAUCAUCAUCACGGUUUUUUUUAAAAGUUUUUUCAAUUAUUAAGUGGUAAAGUUUAGUGUUAAUUUAAAUGUUUUUUUCGCGUACGUAAUUUUUAGAAAACAAAUUAACAAUACUUUAUAGUAUCGCACGCGUUAAAUAAUAUUAUAAGAGUUAUAAUAUAUUUAUACUUUAAACAUCACAACAGCAUUUUCGAUCUAAACUAAAAUGUUUAUACUAUUACUAACAUUGUGUUAUUAUUUUUUUUCUACGCAUUUAACAUUUUUUCACGAUAUUUCAUUUGUUAAUAUUAUUAUUAUUUUUUUUAGUUUUGUUAAGGUUGACGUCUAAUGCAUAUAUAGUGUUCGCCGGUCAAAAAUCAUCGGGCCAUAUAAUACACAAACAAAAAUAUAUACAUUUUAUAAUUUCGGAUACGUAAAAUAAGAAACGUUAGUGAUCUUACUAUGCACUACUCCAAUUAUAUUGUAUUUUAUAUUAUUCGGUUUUUCAUUAUGUCAAUUAUAGUUUUUUUUUAAGAUAUUUUGAGUACAACUAUUUAAAAAAAAAUUGAAUUUUCAAAAUUACGUUUGGAAUAAUUUAUUUACGACUGCUCUUGACCGAGGACACUAUUUUGACGUUACUAUAUAAAAUAUAAUAUUGUUUUUUACAUUAAUAUUUAUUAUAAUUAUUAUUUUUAUUAUUAGGUAUAAUAUAUAAUUAAUUGUUUAUUCAUCGUGUUGGUUACAUAUUUUAUUAUAUUUAUUUUAUUAAUACUCGAGUGUAAUCGUCACAGUUA